AUGAUACGAAACGACUACUACCCGAACCCCCAAAAUUUCUAUUUCAAUCGGAAUAUGUUCCAAGCAAACAAUCCUCCCAUUCAACAAAAUCCCUACGUUCAAAACUUUCAUUCGAACUCUUAUAUGAUGCCGUACCCUCCCUACCAGCCUCAAUACCAAACAUUCAGACCAAGCCCUCUGAUCUACACCGGAUUAGAAGAGUUAGGUGGACUUCCGGGUUCAACUGUCACGUCUGUCACUCCUACAACCAUUUCGACUUCCACGACAACCUCAACCACUACUACAAGCACAACGACUCCAAGUCCCCCCCCUUCGACCACUUCCGUUACUACUACAACUACCUCGCAACAUCCCUUAUCAGAAGUAGCCUCUCACAAUGCUCCUAAUAAAACCAUCGUCAUUUCCUUCACUAAAAACCAACAACGACAGCCUGUUAGAAGCUACAUUCAGGUAGCUCUGGUAAGACCUUCAUUCCAUCGCAAUUUUAACCCCAUCAACCAUCAGAAACCAAUCGUUCACCCCGCUUCUUCACAUCAUCAUCAUAUAUCCACCAUCAACUCAAACAUUAAAGCAUCAUUUCGCCUUAAAAGACCUAACAUAAAUUCACCAUUCAUGAUGCAGAAACAAAGAUCGAAUGCUCAACUAACCAAUCAGCCAUCCAGCGUUAUCAUUUUAACUCCACAGGUUAGACUUGUUACAAAAUCACCACAUAGAUUACCAUCAUCGGCGACGGUCAUUAAAGAUCAUAAUUCUGCGAUUAACAUUUCUCCGCUCAAGAAGACUGAAACUGCUCCUGCAUUGUCCCGUAGUGGACCGGACUCCUCGAAAGAAAUAAACCAAGUAAUCUACCCUACGAGACACACAAUUCUAAACCAAUCAAGUUCAGGUUUUCAUCCAGGCAACAUUAAAAUAGAGGAGGGUUUCACUCCAAUCUUGGAAAGGAGCGACACGAUGAUAUAUAAUGGAUCAGAAAACGAUAACUCCUUGGAGAAUUCGUUAAUACAUAACAGUCCAUCAUUCGAACUCUACACGAAAGGUAAAAAGUCUAAAAGAACGAUUAAAAGAUCGCAGCCGAAUUACUUCAAGGUGAGGGUAAAAUUUGCUAGAGAUCUCAGGGAUGUCAGUGAGGAUCAUGACGCGGAAGAAUCAUCGAAUAGAGAAAUUUACUAUCUGCCACCGGACAAUCAGAAACAUGCGCCUCUAAGCAGUAUAAGUCAACCCAGCAAUAUUGAUAUCAUCCCUGAAGAGUCAGAUCUGGAUGAAGAGACCGCUCCUGACGUAGUUGUGACAUACGAUGGAAAAAGAGUGUCUGGAGCUAGCCUAACAGCCAAACUAGCUGACUCCAUGCGAACCUUAAACACUAAAUCGCUGAGAACAUCCGAGUUCAUCAGAACUAGACCACAAUCCGUCCCUUUCAAAGGAGAACUACCCCCUCUGGACGACCUCAAACCGCCUGAAUUGUACCAGAGGGCAACCCUGAAUAGGAAUUUGGACGUUCCAUUCUUACAUGACGCAGGUUCGAAUGGUCGUUCCAAACCAGCUUCUACUAAGCUUUCUUUGGUCCAAAAUGAUUCUAGGAAGAGAACUGACAGGGAAUUCAGAAGAAAAAGAAGUCCACACCACACACCCGAACAUACAAGGCAACAGAAUGAGGAAAAGUCGAAAGAUUCGAGUACCACAUUAGUCCCAUGUUCAUUAGUAUUAUUAGUUGUUUUAGUUCAAGCAUUGUUAUUUAUUUGAAGUGUUUUCGUUUCGUUCAAAUACUUAUUUUGUAAAUAAAAAAUCUGUUGGUA